AUGGUUUUCACUGAUCCCGUCUCAGUAGUCCUAUCCAUUAUUCUAUGUCUAUGUUUGAUAAGCAUUAUUUAUGGCUGGAAUAGAAAUGUUUACAAAAAUUUUCCUCCUGGACCAAAGGCUUUACCAUUUAUUGGACAUUUGCAUCUAAUAAAUAAGUAUGACACCUUUAAAAACAUUACAGAGCUAUCUAAAAAGUAUGGGCCUGUGUUCACCAUCCAAUUGGGACCCAAGAAGUAUGUUGUACUCUGUGGAUAUGAAACACUGAAGGAAGCUCUAGUGAACAAUGCUGAUGAGUUUUCCUGGAAAGUUGUAUUUCCAAUUAUUGAAGAAAUGAUUAAGGGACACGGUGUUCUUUUUGCCAGCGGGGAGAAUUGGAAAGUCAUGAGGAGAUUUACUCUUUCAACAUUACGAGAUAUGGGAAUGGGAAAACAAUCUCUGGAAGAAAAAGUUAAUGAAGAAAGUGAUUUCUUAAUUCAGAAGAUUGAAUCUUUUAGUGGGCAACCAUUUGAGAUCACCAUGAACAUGAAUGCUGCUGUUGCCAACAUAAUUGUAUCUAUAUUACUUGAUCAUCGAUAUGAUUAUGAGGAUCCUGUAUUUCUCAGACUUAUGAAAAUAACAAAUGAAAUUGUGAAGCUUUUGGGCCAUCCUAGAAUUGCACUAUCUAAAAAGUAUGGGCCUGUGUUCACCAUCCAAUUGGGACCCAAGAAGUAUGUUGUACUCUGUGGAUAUGAAACACUGAAGGAAGCUCUAGUGAACAAUGCUGAUGAGUUUUCCUGGAAAGGUGUAUUUCCAAUUAUCGAAGAAAUGAUUAAGGGACACGGUGUUAUUUUUGCCAAUGGGGAGAAUUGGAAAGUCAUGAGGAGAUUUACUCUUUCAACAUUACGAGAUUUUGGAAUGGGAAAACAAUCUCUAGAAGAGAAAGUUAAUGAAGAAAGUGAUUUCUUAAUUCAGAAGAUUGAAUCUUUUAGUGGACAACCAUUUGAGAACACCGUGAACAUGAAUGCUGCUGUUGCCAACAUAAUUGUAUCUAUAUUACUUGAUCAUCGAUAUGAUUAUGAGGAUCCUGUGUUUCUCAGAUUUAUGAAAAUAAUAAAUGAAAUUGUGAAGCUUUUGGGUGAUCCAAGAAUUGCAUUGUACAACGCAUACCCAUCCCUGUUUCGCUGGAUACCUGGAGUUCACAAAACAAUUAAGAAAAAUAUGAAUGAGUAUCUUAAUUUUAUUAGAGAGACCUUUGCAAAACAAAAGGAGCAACUGGAUGCUAAUGACCAGAGGAACCUUGUUGAUGUAUUUCUUGUUAAACAAGAGGAAGAGAAGCUUCAUGCAAAAUAUUUCAGCAAUGAAAAUCUAUUGCAACUUGUGAGUGAUUUAUUUUUUGCUGGAAUGGAGACAACAUCCACAACUCUGCGCUGGGGUUUUCUGAUUAUGAUGAAAUACUCAGAAAUACAAAAAAAUGUACAAAAUGAAAUUGAAAAAGUGAUUGGAUCUGCCCAGCCUCAAAUGGAACACCGUAAAAAAAUGCCUUAUACUGACGCUGUAAUUCACGAAAUUCAAAGAUUUAGUAGCAUUAUACCAACCCCUAGUCCACGUGAGAUUACUCAUGAUGUUGUUUUAAAAGGUUAUUUUCUACCAAAGGGAACUAACGUUCUUCUUAUGUUGACAUCCGCAUUAAAAGACAAGGAUUACUUUGAAAAGCCAGAUGAGUUUUAUCCUCAACACUUUCUUGACUCUGAGGGAAAUUUUGUAAAAAACGAUGCAUUUAUACCUUUUUCAGCAGGUCGGAGAUCAUGCGUUGGAGAAAAUUUUGCCAAAACAGAGCUCUUUCUGAUUUUCACAAGGCUGCUGCAAAAAUUCACAUUUCAGCUUCCUCCAGGUGUUUCGGAUGUUGAUUUUUCCCCUGCGGUUGGAUUUACCAGGGCGCCUAAGCCAUAUCUCAUGUGUGCUGUGCCUCGCUAUUAG